AUGAUGCUUCAACCCAGGAUCUUAACGCCCCUCCGGGCUCUGGGCGGAGCAAUUUCUCGGUCAUCCGCACAAAUAAUCCGCCUCCCUCAACAAUCAAUACCUCAAUCGCUCCUCCCCCAAACCCUCUCCGCUUCAACGACACCCUCAAACCUCACCACCAACCUCCCCCGAUUCUCGCUAUCUCUCUCCCAAGUCCGGUACGCCUCUCACUCCGCUCAGGGAGCCGCAAACAAACACUCGCGUGACCCCGCUGGGAAACGCCUCGGCGCGAAACGCACAGGCGGUGAAUACGUCGUCCCGGGAUGCAUCAUCUUCCGGCAACGCGGAUCCAAAUGGUGGCCUGGCGAGAACUGUGCCAUGGGGCGUGACCACACCAUUUACGCUACGGAAGCCGGAUACGUGCGCUACUAUCUUGACCCUGAGCGACACCCGGAUCGGAAGUACAUCGGAAUUGUCUUUGAGAAGGACGGCAAGCUGCCCACGCCUCGGAAUGCGCCGACGCGCCGCAAGCUGAACCGGGUUGCUGUGCCGAUGGUGACUCCCGUCGAGGAGGCACAGUCGGAUUUGACGGUUGUCACGGGCGAGAACACUGGGACGAUCGUUGGAAGUGUUGGAACUGUGGAUGCCGGCGCUGGCAAGCAGCUGCGUCCUGGAUAUAUGUGGCGUGAGGCCAACUGGGUGAUUGGUCGUGCUGCUGAGAAAGCUGGCAUUACUGCUCUACCACAUAAGCGGAAGAACCGGUGGUUGGCUUGGAGGAAGAGACAGGCUAGGGCUGAGAGGGCUGCCCAGAUGAAGAGUCUGAAGAACAAGAAGAAGGCGUCCAAGAAGGCCAAGCGAUGA